UUAUAUACAUAUCUCUUAUUAAAAAGUAUUUUUUUCUUAUGUGGAAAAAAUAUAUUAUUUUUAUAAUACUUCAAAUAAAAUUGAAAAACGAUUUUAUUCAAUCAUCGAAAAUUUCAAUUGAAUUUCUAAUAUAACAGAAAUUCAAUGGUUUUUCGAUAUAAAUUAAAAUAUUAAAAUAUAUUCGAUAUAAAAAAAAAUUAUUUUAAUGAAAAUAAUGUGUUCAUAUGCAAAUAUUUUUUUAAUGAAAACAUUUUUUUUAUUGAAAUAAUUUUUUCAAUGAAAAUAUGUAACUAAUAUUGUAAGCUCAUUUGAUAGUUUUUAUUAAAAUAUAUGUAUAUAAAAUAUAUAUAUAAUCUACAUACUUAUAUAUGCAGCUUAAUUAUUAUCGCAAUAUAAAUGUCGAAUUAUAUACCAAGCAAAUAAAUUUCAAGCUUUUUCACCUCAAUUGUUCAGCAAUAACUUUAUAUUCAUAUCACUAAACGUGUUAAUUGGCUAAAACGUGUCUUUACAAAUAUUUACAUUUAUACACAUGUAAGUAUAUAUAAAAAUUAUAUUAAAUUUAACACGUUUUUUUUGUGACAUUAGGUGUGCUUUGCGCCAUAAGAGUAAAUAAAAGGAAUUUUUUAAUGCUUUUUCUUCAUUUAAUAUUGCAGUUGACGUCUUUACUGUGAAUUAAAGUCGAUUUUAAAAUGUAUAAAAAGCAAAAAAAGAUAAUAACUAAUUAUAAUAAUGCAAAAAGUAAUAAACAACUCUUUUUUUACAUUGCUCAUAAUAUAUUUGUGUAGUAAAAUGAAUACGGAGUUGUUCAUUACAGUGAAAAUUUAGUUCUAUAGCGAUGACUCAUAGGCUGUGCUCUCUAUUUAGCAAUAUAGCGCCUCGUUUCUCAGUUGAUAAUAUUUUUAAAGAAUUAUUUAAUUUUUAUGGAAAAAAUCUAGUGAUGACUUCAACUAUAUCAUAAAUGAGUACCGACUUUAGUCGGAUAUACAUAUUCUUUCAAGCGUCAGAUGGCACCCAAAUGGAGUAAGGAGUGUGGUUAUUCGCGCACACCCUGUAAUAAACAUUGGCGCUACAUCAUCCAAGGCUACCAAUUAUCUGCUAUCAGGUGGUAGCAACGAAUGAGUCAUCUUGCUUACGCAUAAAGGCAAAAGAGUGUCCCGAUUUUAUAUAUUUUUUCAAGCUAUCACUAAAACGAAAAGAUCUUUCAUACUUUUGAAAACUUUUACAUGCCCAUACCACUCUUCUCUACAUACUAGUACAUUAUUUACUGUUAAAAGCGGGAUAGUCACAAAUUCAGCUGUUUCAGUUCUGCGCAUGCGGUCUAGCGCUACUCUAUAGUAUAAAGGACAUCAACAUGUCAAUGUCGAUUAAAAAAUUGUAAAAAUUCAGGCAAAGUUUUUGCAAGAAAAUAAAAGUCAUCGCGUGCUCGGCCGCGUUGCUAUGUACUAGCGGAAGCGCUAUCUGUUAAGCUCAUUCAAAGCGUUCAGAGUAAAUUCAAUUACAUUUUGUGCAAAUAUUGAAUAAAAACGACAGUAACAGCAGCAAUGUUGCAAAAAAGUGUGUGAGAAAUGUAAAUUAUCAUAAAGGCUGGUGUCUAAAUAUUCACUUAAGUAAGUGUCUAUUGAUUGCUUUGCUACGAAAUUUUGCGCUGAACGCAGGAAAAUGUGAUUUGAGGCCAAAUUAUCUUUGUUUAAGUGGCAAAUGAAGAAGCCGUAAAGGGCUGUAUUGAUUUUGACAUAAGCUUGAUAAAUUGCUUUGCGAAAUUUCGAUAAUGAGUGGGUCGCAGUAGCGUGCUUAUUAUGCAAAACACAAAUUUUGAAAAAUUUAAAACUUAUUUAUUAAUCAAUUAGAGCGUUGUUGAUUUCUAGUGUAAAAGUUCUCGCACGUGCUGCUCUUUGCUCGUCCGCUAAUUUUAGCUUCAUUACUUGGGCAUGCCAUAAAAACAACCGCAUUUAGCUGCCAAUUGUGGUUAGUUCAUUUUUAUUGUUUUUUCCUCUUUAGUCGAAAUUUGUGUUAGAAAUAAUUGUUGGCAUUAUUUAAGCAGCAUGUGACGAGGAAACUAAAUACCUCGUAUGUAUUUGUUCAACAUAAAUAAAAAGUAGUUUUUAGCGAAGGGCACAAGGAAUCUCCGUAAUACAUUAUGUAUUAGAAUUUGAUUAUAAAUAGUCAGAAAAUAGGAUUUUUAAAUUAAAACAAUUUUCUUUAUUUCUUUUUUUUUAAAUCAGUCUUUUUAAUACUAACAAUGUUUUCUUAUGAUUUUCCAGUUUAAUUUCUGUCUCCAAAAAUAAUUUUCGGAAAAAAAUAUUAAAUUUGAAUAAAAAAUACAAUAUUAUUAUUUCAAGCUUUUAAAAACAGAAGAGCAAAAAAAUAUUUCGCUAUUAUUGAAAAAAAAAACAUUUAAUUUUUUAUUUUUUAUUGAAUUUUUAAUGGGAAAAAAUAUUUUUAUGGAAAUUUUUUUUUUUUAUAUGGAAUUGUUUUAAUAGAUUGAGAAAUAUUUACGAUACUAUUUUUUUUUUUGAAUUUUGAAAUUCUAUUAAAAUAUAUUAUGUACAUAAGCAAUUAACACUUUAAAAUGACAGUUUUCUCCAAUUACUGUUAUUUUUCUUUUUUUAUUUUCAUUAUUUUAUUAUCAACAAAUGAAGUUUUAAAAUAUGUUAAGUUGCCUUUAAAUGUUUUCUAAAUAGUUUUCUCAAUAACAAAAAAAUCUGAAUUAACAACAGUUUGACCGAAAAUGAAAGUAAUUGUUGACAUAAAAGUAAUUGCAGUUUUAGCUUCGUUAAAAGUACAAUAUUAAUAUUAAUCUAUAUCAUCUAUAAAACUCCGUUACUCUUUAUUACCGUUACAUAAACAGGUGUGUCAUAUCCAAAUUAUUAAUAUUUUUAAUUUAUAAGUCUUUGCGCUAUCUUUCUCGAUAUGCUGAGGUCAACAAGAAAAUCAAUCACUUCAAAGCAUUAAAAAUACGCCCCUAAUUAUACUUAUUGAAAUGGCAACAUUAAAAUUAUCAAUCAAUUUUUCACUUAUACUCGAACAAGAAAAGAAAUAACGCAAAAAUCGCAAAGUUUGCCAGCGUCUCCCUCCCAAUGCAACAAAUUCGCCGCCAAAAUGCAAAGUUUCUCACAAUAACAUAAAAAUCACCUCACUUCAUGUUUCAAAGGUGGAUUUCGAAGGUCUUUUCGUGCAAAAUAUGACGCAAUGGCAAGAUUUACUGUACCCACAAAUACUUACAUACAUACAUAUAUAAUAAUGAUAUUGCUCUAAGUAAUCAUGUGGGUAGCUUAGUUUCCUUAUUUACAUUUCGAUUUUAUUGUUCUUUUUUGUGCGAAAUUUAUUUCCACUCACCCAAUUGACGGCGCACCGAAAGCUGAUUAGUUGAACGCCGCGAAUUUCGUAGCAAACACACGACGGCACUGUGUGUCUAGUAAACUUUUUUUUAUUUUACACAAAAUAUUUCGCGCAGUGUAACCAAAACUCAAUGCAUAAAAACUUACAGCACCGUUAUCUGGCAACGCUGAGAAAAUGUGCAACACCCAUGCCAACAUUUGUAGCACAAACCGUAACAACACAACCACAACGACAACAACAAGUAGUGCAAAAACAACAACAAGAAAUACAACCGCAAUCAUAUGCCGUUAGCUCACCAAAGCGUUAUGCCUUGCCGCCUAAUUUCGGGCGAUGUUUUGAUUGCUUUCACGUGGCAGCUGUGACAAGCUUUGUCCGCAGCAGUACAAGGUCACAUGGUACAAGCGCAACGGUAGCCGCAGCAACUGCAACAACAACGAAAACACCAGUUACAACUGCAACAGCAACAGCAGCUGCUGACUCCUUUGCCAGCGCAGAAGCGGCAAAUUUUCUCAUUACAAAUACAACAAAAACAACAAGUGCCAACCAGCAAACACGUGGUGCGAAGAAUUCCAACACCAGUUGUAAGAAUCCACCAUCUAAUUCCCUCACAACCUUAUCCAAAAAAUCAUGCCAACAGUGCGCUUCGUACGUGGACGCCGCUACGAUCGUGAACGAACUGCUGGUUUUGGAUACCGCCGCGCAAACGACGACAACGACGCCAUGUAUGCCGACGCUACAGCAAUUUGCCGUGGAAUUUUACACGGACUUAGGUCUUAGCGAGCGCGUGGGUCUCACUGGCGAUGUCAAGGCUUUGGGCGAAUGGCGUUUGGAGCGCGCCAUUGCAUUGGAACCGCAACAGGGCAGCCGCAGGUGGCAAGCCAAUGUGCUGUUGCAAACCUGCCGUAACAUAAGUUACCGUUAUUUCAUCUAUGUGGAGGACAAGCAAGGGCGCAAGCAGAUACGUCGCUGGGAGACACGUUUGCAGCCGCGUGUGCUCAAGCCUGCUGGCGCUGAGGCGACUAAUGCCGAGACGCGCGUUGAUCAUUUUGGUGAUGCCGAUGGCAGCGGUGAGACACAAGUGAAUCGCGGCUGGUUGACCAAUGAUUGUAUAGUGCAAUUGAAGUUCGAACGCGAACAAAUGUUCCAGGUGCUUGAUAUUGAGAAAUUCGAUCCGGCCGAUGAGGUGCUGGUGAAGAUUUUGCCAUUGAAUGAGGAAGGCGAACCGACCGAGGCGGGCGUGCAUGUUGAGGUCGCGAAAUUGAAAUAUGCGCAAAGUCAUUUGCAGCCACAACAAGCUUUCGGUAUUGCCUAUGAGCGUGGCGACAUUGUUGUAUUCCAUAUUACGGCGCCAUGUCCUUUGCAGACAGCGUUUGCUAUUAUUUUCCAUACACCCGAUCAGCGUGCAGUCGGCAAGGCUGUCAUUACAGCCGCACAGUUGGAGGGCAGCGAGGGUGUGCUGGAACUAUCCAUUACCGAGCCGGUGCCUGAGGCCACCACCGUCAUUGCGCGCCUAACACUACCGUACCUGAUUGUGAAGCCAUUUGCGGACAAGACGCUUGACUUCCGCACCACAUACGCGCACUACUGGCCCAAGAGCUGGCCUAACUUGAAUGUGGGCCAUCGUGGUAAUGGACGUAGCUACAUUGUUGAUCCGCCAGCAGAACGUGAAAAUACGAUUGCUUCGUUUAUGCGCGCUUAUGAGAAAUUUGCUGACAUGAUUGAAUUAGAUGUGCACCUAACGGCCGAUGGUGUGCCAGUUAUCUACCAUGACUUUGGCAUGCGCACGGCACCGCAAGGUAAAAACAUCACAAAGGCCGAGCAGCUGCAGUAUGUGCUGAUCAAAGAUAUAAAUUACGAGAAAUUGAAGCAGUUACGCGUGUUCGCCAUUAUCAAUGGCAAACCAGUUGAAUUUCCAUCGCACAAUGCCGAGCCACGUGUGGAGCAUCGCAUUUUCCCCAAACUAGUCGAUGUACUGGAAGGUUUGCCCAAGUCAUUGGGUAUCGAUGUGGAGAUCAAGUGGCCACAGCGUCGUGCUAGUGGCGCGCCCGAAGCACAUCAGACAAUCGAUAAGAAUUUCUUUACGGACCGCGUUCUUGCGACCGUCAUCAAUCAUGGCUGUGGCCGUCCGCUGCUCUUUUCCAGCUUCGAUGCGGACAUAUGCACAAUGUUACGCUUCAAGCAAAAUCUUUUCCCUGUGAUGUUCUUGACUCAAGGUCAAACCAAGAAAUGGUCGCCAUUUAUGGACUUGCGCACACGCACUGUCGAACAGGCUAUCAAUAAUGCGCAAGCUUUCGAGUUGGCUGGCACUGCGCCACAUGCUGAGGAUCUGUUGAGUGAAGAAGGGGCUCAGCUGUUGCAGAAAGCUCGCGACUUAGGACAGAUCUCACUAGUCUGGGGUGAUGAUUGCAACUCCAAGGAGCGUGUGCAGUACUUUGUGGAGAUUGGUGCGACAGCUACAUGCUACGAUCGCACAGAUCUAUACAUACCAGAGGGCAAGGAGCGCGCCUUUUUCAAUUCAUCUAGUCUCUUAGCGGAGUUCGAGGAACAGUGCCUGCGCUAAGCGGGUCUGUAGUCGAUGGCGGGAGUAGAGAAGUGAUAAUAGGGUUAAAAUAAAACCCUGAAGGGAGGGUAACUUAUAAGUGAUCGUGGUCGGCUUGCCGAUUGGUGCAAAAGGCGGGUGUAUAUGCCGAGUUUUAUACGGGGGCGAUUUGAGUAACGGCAUUAUUAACUUUUAAAAAUACUUAGCUAUAUUUUUUUAUAAAAGAUAUUCACAUAAACACUAUAUUAAUAGAAAAAAACUAUAAGUCGUCGCAGUAAAAUUUUAACUAAUACACACAUAUACAUACUAUACCCAAGCAAUUGUAAUUAUAACAACAAACAACAUAAUUUUAUGUUCAAAAUGCUAGAAAGAAAAACAAAAAAUAUGCGUAAAAAAUUUUAAUUGCAAAAAAUAUGAAAAAUAGUUCCGUUAAAGAAACGAAAAUACAACAAAAACUUGGAACUGUUUUUUAUUUAAGUCGCCGGUUGCGACUUGCGGUGAACGUUGGUCGCAAAGUGCGCGCAUGAAAAAGUUAAAGCGAGAGUAUAAGGUACAGUAGCGUUGUAUGUGUUGACAGCUAAACGGCAGCACCUAUAGCUCGAGCGUCAGCAAGGAACUGUGGUGUGGCGGCGGUGACCCUCCCAAGCAGUAAGUAGCUCUGCCCCUGACACAAAUGUAAAGCAACAGCAACAACUCUUGAAACGAAAACAAUUGCGAAGUGAGAGUCUGUUUGGGCGAAAUACAGGGUCAGCAUCACUCGAACACAUAGCCCGAGUGUGACUUGAGAGUGUAGCGUGCUAUGUAUGGACUCAUGUACAAAUUACUAUUUUACCUUAUAACUUUGGCAGUUUUUCAUUUGAAUAUUCGCUCUCUUGAAAUUUAACAAUUACAGUAGCGUAAAAAGAUAUAUUGACGAAAAUUUCAUAUUUUUUGUUUUUAGUUUACAAAUAUUAAUAUAAGAAUUAUUAUUAUUGUUUUUUCGCAAUAGUGCUCAUGUAAAAUUAUACUAUUAAGUUUUAAUUAGUGAUUUAAUUUUUAAAUUGCCUAAAUUUUUUAUUUCACAUAUUGUACAAAAACUGCAAGAUUUAUAACAACUCCAAGAAUUGAGAAAAUUUCAAUUGGAAACUGUACUAUUAGUUAGUGAUUUUAACAAUUUUAAAUAAUGUAUAUUUAUUAGACAAUUUUAGUAUAAAAUAUCAGUGAAUAUUUUUCAACUGAAAGACAUAUUACUUAUUACGCUUAUGAGAGUCUAGUGGUAAUAUACCAAACUCGAAAUUAGGGAGUUAAAGAAUUAGCUGUUGAUAAAGUUAUUGAUGGGAUUUAUUAGCUAAAUCAUUAUACCCUAAAAGUCUACACGCGCCAAGGAAAUUUUGUGUGAAAUCAAUGUCUACCGAACUCUUUAUAUGAGUUUAUUAUAGACUAGUCGUACCAAAGACAUGAAUCACAAAUCUGUUAAAACCAUGAAGCUCAAAGCAUCUACAAAUCAUGGACUCUGAAUUCGCAUGCUUGAACUAAAACCUGGACUCAAUGGACUUAAGAUUUUUAAAAAUUCUGAAUUCAGAUAUAAAGACAUUAGUGAAACUUAUAAGAGCGUAAAUCCUCUUGCAGUGAGAACUAAAACGGUGACAACUAAAGAGAUUUCAGAAAGCAAAUAAUUAUAAAUGUAUAUUACUCAGAUUUUGCUUAAAAUAUGAUCUCAAAAAAAGAUCUCUUAGCCAAUCUUUUCUAUAAUCAUAUAAUUAGAGCAUCGAGUGAAAAGUGAAUGCAAUUAAUAGAGAAUUUUACAUGAAAUUGUAAAACCAGGCAGCUGAGUAACUUUCCUAAAGAAGCUUUAAAUAACUAUGCAACCAUAAUCUACAAUACUUUCAGACUUGUUUUUACCUUGCGUUAUAUAUUCUAUUCGUUAGAAUGUAAAACAUCGAAAGAGCAAACUUUUAACAUAUAAACGACUUUUCGCUAAAUAAUAAAUAUAUUCGAUACAUAGAUGGGAGUUACAUUGCUAUAAGCAGAUAAUGGCAACAACCGAGGUUACUCAAAAGACCUUUUUAAGGUACAAAAUUACUUGAUAAGGGUCCAAUACAAAGAUCGAAACAAGUAAAUAAUGUGAUUUGGAUGGAAACAUACCUACUAGUCGAAUAGCUGCGAUGAAAAAAUACCUCAAUAAUCUGUUACGGUAUAUGUAUGACUGCGAACCUUAUCGCUUUUCGAUCGAGUAAUUAAUUACACCAAGGUCACCGAAGAUCAUACUUAUAUUGAUACGAAUAAAAUUGCUAUAAAUAUAUAUAUUUUUCGAUUAGAGAAGUUACAGAUAAUUAGGUGCUUUAUCUAGAAAGAAAAUAUAUAAAUAUCUAUGUUAUUCAUCAAUGAUUUUAGCAACUUAUCGCUACACAUCCUCAGAAAGAAUUUGACCGGUUUAUAUGGAUCAACAUUUGAAAUAAGCUAUUUAAUGAAUAAGAACGGAGCAUUGUCUGAUUAUAUCAUAUCUAAUUAUAAAGCGUUGACUGUCAAAAUUCAAGUUUGAAGUGACAAUUUGACUUCACUGAGGCUUUCUGAUUGCUGACAGUUCGAACAAAUUUAUUUUGCCAAUUUCCAGAAAGCGCUAAAAUAUCUCGGCAGUUAUUCAAAAUGGCGCUUUCAGCGCUUGUUUCAUAGAAAAUAUACAAAUUAUUAUUCUGUGAAGAUAAAUUUGUUUUUCACAUCUUCUUAUUGACAAUGCCACUGAGAUGACAGUGAGCUUCGUAAGAACAUAUGAAUUUGCGGACAUAAUCGUGUUCCAUUUAGAACUGAUUUAAGGUCAACGACCAAGACGUGUGAUCUGUUGCUUUCAACUGCUACGUGAUUUCGUCCUUCUAAGGGAAAACUAAGUAGAUAAGCCUUAUGGCGAGUCGAUAUUUCAGGACCAGGACAAGUAUGACAGUAAUGACAGUUACCCAACAAUAAUGAGAUACUUAACAUUGGUUGCGAAAAUAAGUUCACAAUAUUGUUGUUGUUGCAGAAGCAUUGACGAAACGCGAAGAAGACAUUUCUUGAUAGAUGUCUGUACAACAACCUCUACAUUUCAGAAGUCACCAAUAAAGAUAACGGUAAAUUGAAAACAAUUGAUCAAUGGAAAAUUUUAACGAAAUAUUUGCCGUAGUGUGAAAAAUUUCAACACUUUAUUACUAUAAUGGCAUACUUAAUUAUGUUGAAAAAGUAUACAAAUGCAUAAAAUUUAUAAGAAGCUAAAGAAAUAGAAGGAAAAGAGGAAACAAAGUACAAAAAGAGAAAACGUGGAUGAAAAUCUUGAAUAAUGAGAUUGAAGUAAACGAAAUAGUUUAGAUAAUAUAAUAUGAGAUAGAUAGACUAUCUUAAACAGGUCUUUCUAGUCAAAUGAUGUUUAUAUACUAAUAUUUCAGUUUAUUUUUGUUUAAAGGUCUUUGUAAAUACAUGGUUUCGUUUUUAGAAUUAAUGAUUUCCAAAACAAAAUAUUUUUUUUUUAAUUCUUUAUAAUUUUGCGUUUGAGUUUUUGAGUUCUCCAAAAAAAAAGGGCUAACUGCACCUUGAUGCAAUUAUAUGAGUUUCUGUCUGUAGCACUCACACACAAUCAAGGAAUUUUACUAUUUAAAAAUUGAUUUAUUUUUUCAAAUAUUCCGGUCAGUAAAAAUGUAUUUAAAUUGACAAGUAUAUACGAAUAGAUUGUGAAAUACCUACAACAUCAACAAGCAUGAACAAAGAAGUUUUAAUAGAUAAUUUGACACAACGAAGAAAUAUUGAACUACUCAAAACAUUUUCUGGUUUUCAUAUGUUACCAAAAUAUAAACGUUUUUUGUAAUUUGAUAUUGUAUGUUUAUGAGUGGAGUUAUUUAAUGUAGUUUAAGAAAAGUGCUCCUCCUUGACUUAUAAUUUUAUUAAUGCUUUGUAUAAAACCUGUGUGAUAUUAUAUUUAGUAAAAUUUAUACAUUUAUUUAUAAUAAAAUUAUAGCGAUCGAAACCUUAAAAUACAUGCUAGGAAAUUUUUUUAAUUUCUAAAGUAAUUGACAAUAAAUAAGCAAAGCUUAAAAUAAUAUAUGUGAAAAACAUUAAUUUUUAUUACUGUGAUUACUUUACAAAUGUGUGAAAUAUAUGGUAUAUAUAUAAAAAAAAUAUAUAUGUAUAUAUAAUAUAAUAUAUAAAAUAUUUACAAUUUUCAAACACAACGAGCCUACGACAAUAUUCAAUAAAUUGUUUUCAAUAAAAAUUUUAUGACAAAGAGCUUAUUAGAACGAAUUUAAAUUACUUAAAUUACAGAAUAUUUUCUAUAAAAUGCACAGUGAUGACGAAUAAUGCACAAUAAUCAUUUGAAAAUAAGAUCACUUUAUUAAAAAUGUAAAUUAUACACUUGCAUUUUGAAGUACCUAUAGUAGCUCAAUCUAAUUACAUAUCUUAGAUAAUAUUGAAACAAUAAUUAAACUCGCGAAAUCCUAUAUUGGUGCAAAAUAGCAAAGGUGAAAUAAUUUUAGUGAAAAUGUGAAGCGCGUAAUAGAUUAACUCUUCAAAAGCCCUUGUGUCAUAAUUAGAGCAAAAUCGGCUUAUAUAUAGUUCAAAAAUUUUAUUGUUAAAAGAAUGAAAAGGGAUUACGAGCUUGAAAUAUGUGUAUCAAUGAAUAUGCUACAUCAUGUAUCUAUAUCAGUUAAAAUGGUUAUAUUAAAAUGUUUAAAUAUUGUUAUAAUAAAAGUAAAUUAUAUUAUUUAUUAAAAGCGUUUGAAAAAACUGCUCAAAAUGUAUGUACCUGUAAAAGAAAGAAGCUUUAUGAGAUGAAAGAGCAGUGCUCACAAAAAUUAUGAAACAAAUAUUCAAAUAAAUAAAAAUGUCAAAAGUA